UGUCAAUGUCAAACUAUAAAUUAUAAUAAAAUUGUUGUUGAUUUUGGGGCUGAAACAAAGAAAACGAAAUAUUUAAUAUUUUAAACGUGAUACCAGAAUCAAGAAGAAGACUCCUGAAGGAACAAAAAUGGGCAGUCCAGAACGAGAAUUAUGCCCUCCACCUUCGGAGGAAGAUGAGCUUACGCUUCCUAGAGCAAGCAUUAAUAAAAUGAUAAAGGAAUUAGUUCCUUCCGUUCGUAUUGCCUUCGAGUCGAGGGAGUUGAUUUUGAACUGCUGUACAGAAUUUAUACAUCUUAUUAGUUCAGAAGCGAAUGAAGUGUGUAAUCAAAGUAAUAAAAAAACGAUUAAUGCGGAACAUGUACUUACAGCUUUAGACAGAUUAGGGUUUAGUGACUACACUGAGGAAGCGGAAGCAGUUUUAAAGGAUUGUAAGGCUGUAGCUGCUAAAAGAAGAAGGCAAAGUACCCGCCUGGAAAAUUUAGGAAUACCUGAAGAAGAAUUAUUAAGACAACAGCAGGAGCUUUUUGCAAAGGCUCGUGAAGAACAAGCAAAACAGGAACAACAACAGUGGUUGUUACUACAACAGCAAGGGUUGGUGGGACCUGAAGGUGUACCACAGCCCUAUGUGCCUCCUCCCACUGUUAAACCUGACGAUGAUGAGGAUGAUGAUUAUUCAUAAGAAUAUUCUUAUACCACAAAUAUUGUAAACAAUAAUAAGGGUUUAUAACAAUGCCAUUUUAUUCCUGAUUUUUUAAUAUGUUAGCAAUAACUUCGAAUGAAGUUUAAGAGAAAAAAUAACUGGAACUUGUAAAUAAAAAUCAUUUCUCUUUGGGUUCAGUUUGUUAUUAAAAUAAACCAUAUUUUAAAGAAUGUGUACGAUAUGUAAUGGUUGCUUAGAAAUUAAAAAUUGCCAACACUUCUGUCUGGUUUAAUUCAGUUCUUGUUUUAAUUUUAACUGUAGAGCAGUCUCAUGCUGGUAAAUACAAUUUUCUACCAUUAUAGAAACCUAACUACAUUAUCUCCAUUUUUUAUUUACUUGUAUGUUCUUUAAUGCCAAUUUCUAACAGUAGUUUUUAUGUAGUACCUGAUUUAUGUGAUACUAGAUUUGUCCUGCGACUCCAUCACCAUUGUAUUAAAAAAAAAACAAAAGUAGUCUAUGUGUUCUUUUAAAAUAUACUCUAAAUCUAUGCCAUAGGAUAAAAAAAAAUAGUGGACUAAAAACACAAUGUAAAUUAUAUUUGUAAUCUACAUAUUUGACUGCAUUGUUAGACUUCUGUAACAUGUCAAUGCCAAGAAAAUUGUAAACAAUAUUAUUUAUAAAUAAAAUGUUAGCUACAAAACUAUCAAAAUGUUUGUUAUCAUACUGAAGAAAUGAAUAGUACUAAUACUAACAAAAAUUUGAAGAGAUCUAAGCGUAAAACAUUUUCAAAUUCAACUUUAAAAAAUGUAAGUCGGACUACUAAGAAGGGAAAUGUUAUAAAACCUGUGUCCCCAUUGUUAGCAAAGGAUUCAGAAUGGGUAGACAUUUUACAAACUUCAAAACCCCAGUCAACUUUAAAUGAAAAAUUAGAUGAAGAGGAAGUACUGCAACUUGUAGAUUGUGAAAAUGGAUUGGAUAAAAAACCUCUUGCAAUACUUUUCCCCAGUUUGCUCGAAAAAGACCCACAAACACUAAAGGGUGUUUUGAACAAAGCCAUGUCUACAACUGAAGUGACUAAACAUUUGGUUGAUUUGGGUCAAAAAGCUAAUUUUGCAUUUAUGAAAAAAACCAAUCGACUUAUUCCAUAUAACAAGCAAUGGUUGGAAAGCUUAGUAGAAGUAAGUCAAUCCAAUCAGUCAAUUCAAACAGAGGAUCUGAGCUCAGCUGAUGAAGCUAAUAAAAUGAGUCCGGUCAGUAAAGAUGUUACACAGGCGAAGUAUUAGCAAGUCAUGAAGAAAAUGCAACCAGCUUGUUUAAAUCUUAAAAACUACUAUACUAUAAUAUAACUGAAAGCAGGCAGGCAUCAGCUGAAACUUUUAUGUUCUACACUAUUAAAGGUGAUCAAAAUAGUUCGAGGUA